AUGACCGACACGGCCCCCGGUCAGCCCGCUACUGAACGGGAGGCGCUAUGUUACAACUGCGGCGCCGCGGGACAUUGGGUGAUCGCUUGUCCGGAGCCGACGAGGGAGGUGCCAGCCUUGAGGGUUGCUAAGAAGCAUAGCGGUCUCCAACGAUAUCAGGCUCAGCACCAGGGACAUGGCAAAUCUGAGCGAGGUGCGCCAAUUAAGGAGAGGAAAGGUCCCAUUGUCACGAGAUACGCUGUUCCUCAUCCCCACGGUCCGAUCGGCGCUCCUUAUGGCCUACCAACUCCGCCGCCUAUACCCCCUGGAAUUCAGCCGCCGCCUCCGGCGUCGCUAGGCUACUCGCCGCCAGGAUAUCCCAAUACUCCGUACCCUGGCAGCUAUCCUGCAGCUCACCCUCCGCCCCCUCCGCCGCCUGGCUAUGAGCAAUAUCAAGCUACUCCCCCGCCGCCACCUCAAUAUGGUCAACAAUCUCCGGGUCAGCAGCCUCCGUACGGACAAUCUCCGUAUGGUGCGUCUUACCCUCCGGCGAGCUACUUCCCCCCGCAGCCUUCUCCAAUCCCAGGCCCAGCUCCGCUUUCGUAUCCUCCAGGCACAUACCCUUCGCAGCAGUAUGGCCCCUCUCCGCCGCUGCCGCCUGUACCAUCACCUUAUCAACCCUCAUACUCACCCCCUCCGCCUCCUACGCCUGGAAGUUAUCGAUAUCCUCCACCAACACCACAUCCACAGACGUACGGGCCGCCACCCCCGGUGGGACCACCCUACCCUCCACCACCGGGCUGGACCCCGUCACACCAUGCGAUUCCGCCGCCUCCGCCGUCUCUUUCGGCGAACCAGACCCCUCUUGGAAACUCUCGCGCUAAGCAUCACAAGCCCCAUGGGUCCAAACGUUCGCGUCAGCACCGUGAUAAAGACCGGCCGGUGCAUGAACGACAUAGGAAGAACGGCACGCACGGUGAGCAGCAGGGACCUCGGGCCGGCCGGAACAAUAACCGAUCAAGGGCUGAAAGGCCUCAGGACCCGGUGGACGAGGGAAAAGAGGGAAAAGAGGAAAAAGAGGAAGGAGAUGGCGAGUGGGACUUCGAGUCGGAGGAAGACCUGAAGCACGUGUUUCCGGAAAUAAAGACCAAACCGGCUGACCCCGUUGGCAUCCCUUUACCGGCGACGUACACCGAAGACCCCACCAUUCCCCCGGCCUACAAUGCUACUUGCGUGAGAUCCGAGUUUUUCCGGGAGGACAACGCGACCGAGUUCGCACGGUCAAUUAGGGAUCACACGUCAUGGGCCACCGUGCGACAAGAUCCCGCGUUCAGCGUCUAUGACGACAUGAUAUUGCGCCGUUUCCCUGGCAACGAUUGUGAAUACCCAGCCUACAAACCGCUGGACAUCCCACCGCCUUCGUCAGAAAUCAAACUCCCUCCUCGCUAUCGCAUUGACAGGUCAAUCUUGCCAAGUGUUCCAAACAAGGACGUCACAGACGAAGAGACCAAAGGCAAUCAUAAUCGCCACUUCCACCAUUGUUCCCCUGAAAGACGUCGCGAUUCCAGACGGGACAUGAAUGGAAACAGCCUUUUUCGGAAGCGGUCCCUCUCGGUCAGUAGAACUGACGACCGGGACAACCGGCUUACGAAACGGACGCGGUUAUCCGAAGGACGCAGUGAUGCGUCACCAGAAACUCAAAACUCCACAAAACUCAAGCUUGAGGGUGACGCGUGGUCGCCACAGGCACACCAGAGCAUUCUCGCCCCGGUUCAGGACAGGGUGUCCGGUGUUGAUCAACGGCCCCGGAAAAACGGUUCGUACCGUGGGCAGUCCGUGGAGAAGGUGACUCCACGACACCGCGGUGAUGUUCGGGAGCAUUACUCGUCCGACCGGUCAUACCGGACACGCGACUCGCCAACCCGCAGCAGUAGUCGCAUCCGCAGCGUUAGUCGCGCACGCAGCCAAAGCCGCGAUCGCAGCCGUGUGCGUAACCGGGUGACAUCCACUGACGGGGAGAGAAGCCGCAGCCCUUUGCGUAACCAGAAGUCUAGUGCCCAGGACAGCAGGAGCCUUACGGCGCUCGACAUGGAAUUAUUGGGAAUGAUCGAGGGGCCCGACGAGGAGCCAUCGCCACAGAAGCCGGUCAUCAAGAAACCCACCAAGAGGGUGAAAGUCCCGGAAGCAUACGCGUAG